CUUGUCGAUCUCAGCGGCGGACAUGGCCAGAUCUCCCAAGCAUUGGCCAAGCACACUCAGAACUUGACUUUCACAAUCCGCGAUCUUUCGCACGUUGUAGAGCAAGGUAGGGCAGCACUUCCAUCCGAAUCCAAGGGACAAAUCUCUUUCGAGACGCAAAACUUCAAGAAGCCACAACCGUCGAAAAAACUCCCGUAUGCAUAUCUAAUUAGCCGAUGUCUUCGCAACUGGAGCGAUUGCCAUAGUGCGGUCAUACUUCGGGAUCUGGUUCCAGGGCUCAAGACCAGUUCGAAAGUACUGGUUUGGGACUCGGUAUUAGUCGAUAGACCCGUUAAAAAGUUAUCCGAGAAGUUCAAUUUGCAGCAGGACUUCAUCAUGGCAACAAUUCAAAUGGCAAGGACCGAUCGAUGGAAGAGUUUAGACAACCUUUAUAGCUGA